AUGUUCUCCAAUUUGAAAAGAUUGGAUCUUUCUGUGAAUCGGUUGAGUGGAAAUAUACCUGAUAGUAGCAAAUUUCCACCGCAGUUAGAGUCUCUAUCACUUCAAUCAAACUCAUUGGAAGAUGGAGUUCCAAAAUCAUUGGGGAGCACAUGUACUUUACGUUCGUUACACCUUUCAAAUAACAGUUUCAAUGAAGAGCUUCCACUGAUAAUGCUAAACUUGUCAGGAUGUGCUAGAUCCUCACUGCAAGAGUUAGAACUGAGAAUGAAUCAAAUCAAGGGUACACUUCCAGACUUCUCAGUAUUCUCAUCUUUAAAAACUUUAUCUCUCGAUGAAAACAGGCUAAAUGGUAAGAUUCCCAAAGAUAUUCGAUUUCCUACUCAGUUGGAGACUCUCAAAAUGAAUUUGAACUCUUUGGGAGGUGUGACCAGUGACUCUCAAUUAUCUAACAUGUCAAAGUUGCAGUUGUUAGAUCUAUCAGACAACUCAUUGGCUUUAGAAUUUAGCCAAAACUGGACCCCGUCCUUUCAAUUGGAUUCUGUUCCGGAAUGGUUUUGGAGUAAAGUUGCAAUACAAGGAUUGACGAAAAUGACUAUUUCAUUCAAUAAACUCAAAGAUUGGACAUACAUGAACUACUAUGAUUUGUAUUCAUUGUUGACAUGGAAAGGUGCAGAUCAUAUAUUCUUAAACAAUGAGUUAUUGUUGUUGAAAAGCAUUGAUCUUUCAAGCAACNAAUUAUCAGAAGAAAUUCCAAUUGAGAUAGAGGAUUUGAUUGANCUCAUAUCAUUAAAUUUAUCAAGAAACAAUUUGACAGGAAAAAUUCCCUCUAAUAUUGGAAGGCUAACCUCACUUGAAUUUCUUGAUUUGUCAAGAAACCAAAUAUUGGGUUCAAUUCCUACUAGCCUUACCCAAAUUGAUCGGCUUACCAUGUUGGAUUUAUCUCAUAAUAAUUUAUCAGGACAAAUUCCAAUUGGCACUCAACUACAAAGUUUUGAGGCUUCAAGUUAUGAAUAUAAUUCCAAUCUUUGUGGGAAGCCACUUGACAAAUUGUGUGGCGCAGAGGAACCACCAGAUGAAGCAAAUGUUGAUGAAUCAAAGGAAGAUGAAAAUUUUGCUGUUAAUGGUGCAUUUUAUGUGAGUAUGAUACUUGGAUUCAUUACAGGCUUAUGUGUAACUUGUGGCUCCAAUUUGUUCAAUUGUCCAUGGCGACAACUAUAUUUUAGGUUCUUGAACAACUUAACCGACAAUAUCUAUCGCAUGAUCACAGCAAAAGUUCNGAAUUACAAGNGGUAG